UUUGAAACUCAUCUAUCGGUCUAUUUGAGGUCCUAUUCCACCCGACCAGCAGGUUAAUCGAGUCGGAAGAGGAUUCAGGAUGGUUACUCCAACGUUGGAACUGCAUCUGUACAUGUAACGAGGAGGCGCGUUUCCCCCACCCUCCCCUUUCCCCGCCUUACAAACACUAACUUGAAGCAUGUCAUGCUCAUCCCGAGGGACCGCUGUCGAGUCCAGAGGAGCAGGAGAUACACUGCAGCGAGAUCAAGAAAGGCCUGAGGUGACGCCACUACCUUCAGAGAGUCUGAUUGGCUUCAAGCCCCUUGUCAAAUCAACCACGGCUCAGAGUGCGGCACGAGAUCUGGAAAACUUCGAGACGUCCUCCAAGAAUCCGAGGAACUGGACGAACCGAAAGAAAUGGCGAAUCACACUGACAGUGGCUUUGACGGGAUUCAUCUCGACGUGUGGCAGUUCGAUUGGGGUACCGGGUAUACAUGCCAUCAUGGCUGAAUAUGGUCAGACGAAUGAGAAGGUUGGCAUAUUCAUUACGACGUUCUAUGUUCUUGGGCUUGGAUGCGGUCCUUUCCUAUACGCUCCGAUAUCAGAGCUGUACGGUCGCCAAGUGGGGUAUCUAUUGAGUCUUUUUCCCUACAUUCUGUUCAGUCUAGGAUGUGCAGUGGCACAAAGCUUCUGGGCGGUCGUCAUUCUUCGGUUCUUCUGUGGUGUGUUCGGAUCUUGUGGCCCUGCUCUUGGUGUGGCGACCUGUGCAGAUAUAUUCUCCCCAGCUGAGAGAGGCCGACCGGUGUCCAUCUAUGCAAUGGGACCAAUGGCAGGCCCCGUGCUUGGCAGUAUGUUGGGCUACUGGAUUCUGUACGGGGGCUGGAGAUGGCUAUUCUAUGCCAUUACCAUCAUGGCCCUGAUUAAUUUCAUCCUCUUCCUAUGGUUGACCGAGGAGACCUAUGCUCCGGUCCUCGAGAAGAAGCUGAAGUAUCAGGUCUCUCAUCCUUUUGAUAUUCCUGCAUCAUGGUGUGAUCAAAUAUCUCCAAGGACCAUUAAUCAUCGUCUGGCUUGGAUGAGAGUCAUGGUUUCUGCAGAAGAUGCAAAAGACGUUUUCAAAAAGGCCUUUUCUCGACCUCCAAGGUUGCUAUUCACCAACCCAGUCUGUAUCAUGUUCUCAUUGUACUACGCGUACAUCUAUGCCAUCAUCUACGUUUUCCUCGUCAGCGUUCCCCUUUUGUACGGCCGAGAGCCAUUUGGUCAACCCAACAUUCUAUUCUCCUAUCAAUUCCCGGAUGCUACUUUAUCACUUGCAUACCUUGGUCUCAUGGUCGGUUUUCUCCUCGCCGCUGCCAUCGCCGCGACGGCCCAAGACAAGAUCUAUAAGCGGCUGUCGAAACGAGCUGGAGAUGCCAAAGUGGGACAACCAGAGUACAGACUCGUUCUGACGCAGACUGGAAUGUGUCUUCUUCCCAUAGGACUCUUGAUCUUUGCUUGGACAGCCGAAGCUCGUCUUCACUGGAUAGCACCUCAGAUCGGUCAAGUCAUCACCCUCUUGGGUCUCACAUUGGCUUUCAACAGUAUACAAAAUUUCAUCGUCGAUGCAUUCUUCCCAUACUCUGCAGCAGCAAUCGCAGCAGCGACCGCCUGCCGAUCCAUCACCGCUUGUGUUCUCCCCGAGUUCACCGGAGAGAUGUUCAAAAAGUUAGGGUGGGGAUGGGGAGGGACAUUAUUGGCAUUGGUAGCAGCGGCCGGUAUACCAGCCCCGUUGAUCAUGUUCAAGUGGGGACAGAAAUUGAGAGAAAAGUACAGAUUCGAUGGAUGAGGUAGCCGUAGUCUCUUGUAAACUUGUAUAACGUAGCACAUCAUAG